UGCUCCUACUGAGUAGGUCUGUUUGAAGAUAACUUGAUUCAUUGCUGUGUGUUCGCAUAUGAGUAGGGCAUGUGGUAAACUAUGCACUGGCUUUAACUUUUUUUAGUCUAAAAGUUUUUAACAUAGUUGGAUAUUAGUUUUUUUAGACAGGUGCAUCAGGUACAAUGUUGCAGAUGAGGCUUAGAGUCACUCUCCUGCUCCUUAUAUUGGCGGUCAGGUGUGUAACACAAGAAGAAACCCAAAUUAAAGGCUGUUUUUGUGGACACCCUGGAAUACCCGGCGAUCCUGGACACAACGGUACACCUGGCAGAGAUGGCCGAGAUGGACUCAGAGGUGACAAAGGUGAUCAAGGUCAAGUUGGCCCUAUUGGACCAGCAGGCAAUGAUGGCCUUAAGGGAGACAAAGGAGAACUUGGUGCAGUUGGCCCAGCAGGACUCAAAGGAAAAAGGGGAGACAAUGGAGAACGGGGGCCUCCUGGGAAAAUGGGGCCCCAAGGAGUCCAAGGGCCCAUUGGCCUGAAAGGAAAUAAGGGAGAGCUUGGGUUGCCUGGACCCCAAGGACCUAAAGGUAAUUUGGGGCCUCUUGGACCUGAGGGUCCGAAGGGGGAAAUUGGUCUUCGGGGUGACAGAGGCAUUCAGGGACCACUGGGACCCCCCGGCAGGCCAGGCCAUAAGGGGGAAAUUGGUGUUCAAGGUCAAAAAGGCAAUAUCGGUUAUCGUGGUGACAAAGGGACCCAAGGAGAGAAGGGUGAUAUAGGUGAGAAGGGAGAUGCACCUGUUAUCCCUAAAAGUGCCUUCUCUGUGGGACUCACAGCACAAAGUAAACUCCCAGCAGCUAAUACACCGAUCCGGUUUGACAAGAUCAUUUACAAUUUACAGAAUCACUACGAUUCACAAACAGGAAGAUUCACAUGCUCCGCAGCAGGAGCCUAUUUCUUCACCUACCACAUCACUGUCUUCUCCAGAAACGUGAAGGUGGCUCUCGUGAAGAACGGUGCAAAGAUCAUCCACACCAAGGAUACCUACCAGAGCAGCGAGGAUCAGGCAGCAGGGGGUGCUGUGCUGCACCUGGACGUGGGGGACAAGGUGUGGCUGCAGGUGGUUGGAGGAGAGCUGUUCAAUGGGCUCUUUGCUGAUGAAGAUGACGACACUACCUUUUCUGGGUUCUUAAUCUUUGGGGCUUAAAUUAGGCAUAAUUUCUUUAUAUUGCUGGAGAAUGUUUCAGAAUAGAAAUCAGCCCGCCUCUAAACUUUAAUUGAUUGUAUAAUGCAUUGUGCAAUGUAACUACUAGUACUCCACUACUGUACUCAAGUACAAAUCCAUGUUAUGCUACUUUAAUACUUCUACUCACGUCAUACUUUUUACUCCACUGGAUUUAUUUGACUACUGUGGUUACUUUGCUAAUUAAGAUUGUACAUGUAAAUCAUAUGGCAGGCUUAUAAAAUACAAUGUAUUGUUACAGAUGAACAA